AUGGCCACCCACGGCAUUGCUUGUGCUGAUAUCGAACGACCGUCAAAGAAACGCCGUUUCUUUGUUGAAGAUGACAGUGCAAUCCCCUCGAAUGAAGCCACACAGGCCAUGGACGCGUUGUCCGAGAGGGCCAAGUCAGCCCGAAGCCCAACACCUGACAUCUUGAACUCUGAAGCUCCAUCUCUCACCGCUCAUGAUACUACUAGAUUGGCAGCUGGAACUGUCGCUGCGGUUGAGGAUGGAUUUGACGGUGAACUUUUCACUAGCAUCGUUGGGCAGCCAGUUGAUGCAAGCACCGUUCAAAAAAUUCGAAUAGCUGCAAAGGGUGACAUGCAAACAGCAAUUAAUCUUUAUCUUGACGGUUCUUGGGGCGGAGACGCCGCGACACAGAUGUCUACGGUAAUAUCCCCUGUACAAAAUGGAACGCCCCCCGAACCAAUUACGAAUCCUCAUACGAAAUUGCCAAUCACCAUAGUCGAAGACGCAUCCCACGAUGCCGAAGAUGAUCCUAAUAUUAUCACGACUGAUCCUGAAUUUCGCUAUAUAGGCUCUUUUGGUGUUGGCGCAUGGUCAACGAAGAAUGGCACGAAUUUAGUGAAACACGGAGAGCUGGUCAACAUUGAGCGGACUAAAUUACAACCAACCAUGAAACCUGGGAGAGGAGGCAAACCGGUUGCACGGAUGUCAAAUCAAAAAAGCGAUGUGAUAACGCGGUUCACUAAUGGAGAUGGCGAAGAGAUUGGGAGACUCCCCCGGGAAACGGCUGAGUGGGUUUCGACUUUGAUUGAUCAGAAAAUAUGCCGAUUUGAAGGUCAGAAGUCUUUUACGGCGCUUGGGGAUGAUAAUGCCCCUCCAAGAAUAUUCGAGGAGCAAGAAACUGCAGAGGAAAAAGCCCUUCGCUUGCGACAAGUCGCAUUAGUUAAACUUUUUAGCGAAAUCCACCUUGAACCAACAUCGGUUAAUGAAAUGAUGGCGCGUCACAAGAAGGAAGGCUUGCUUCAGGCGGCGCAGAUGAACGAGAAGUUGAGUGAGAGGCUCAAAAGGACAUCAAACUCUACGGCCCAGCAAAGUGGCGCUAGCGAAUCUUCAGAUGAGGAAGAUGGCGAGAAGCUCGAUGAAGACCAGCUUGAUACCCUAUAUAAGAAGGCCCAAUCUUUUGAUUUCAAUAUGCCUGAAAUGGAACCCGGACCUGAUUUCGCUAUGGACCUUCGAAAGUACCAAAAACAGGCUUUGCAUUGGAUGUUAGGUAAAGAGAGAGAUGUCCAUCCGAAACUUCAGCAAUCUAUGCACCCGUUGUGGGAAGAAUAUUCUUGGCCAACGGAGGAUAUGGAUUGUAAACCACUACCUCGUGUGCCCAAUCGUGAAAAGUUCUAUGUCAACCCCUACUCUGGUGAGCUCAGUCUAGAAUUUCCGGUCCAAGAACAAAAUUGUUUAGGCGGGAUUCUAGCAGACGAAAUGGGUCUUGGGAAAACUAUUGAGAUGUUAAGCUUGAUCCACUCUCACAAACCUGAGGUAGUCAAAGGUCAGUCCGCAGGGUUUGAUACCUUAUCGGGAGCUUUUUUCAAUGCCGCUCUACCUGUGCCCGCUCCGUAUACCACCCUUGUUGUAGCUCCAACUUCUCUUCUCGCCCAAUGGGAGAGUGAGGCAAUGAAGGCUUCAAAAGAAGGAUCAAUGAAGGUUUUGGUUUACUACGGUAGCGAUAAAACAGCAGAUUUGAGAAAGCUCUGCUCCAUGUCUAUGUCCAAUCCAAAUUCUUCUCCAAACCUUAUAAUUACGAGCUAUGGUGUUGUUCGUUCAGAACAUAGCCAGCUCGCCGGUCGGUCUGCUAUGAAUUCGAGUGGGGGUCUUUUUUCUGUGGACUUUUUCCGUGUUAUUCUCGACGAAGCGCACUAUAUCAAGAACAGGGCCUCUAAAACUGCGCGGGCAUGUUAUGAUAUUAAAGGCACUCAUCGAUGGGCUCUCACAGGCACUCCUAUCGUCAAUCGGCUUGAAGAUCUCUUCAGCCUGGUACGAUUCCUCAAAGUAGAGCCGUGGAGCAACUUUUCUUUCUGGAAAACUUUUGUCACCGUUCCAUUCGAAUCGAAGGAUUUUUUGCGUGCGCUAAAUGUUGUGCAAACUGUCCUUGAACCGCUUGUCCUCCGUCGAACCAAGACUAUGAAGACCCCCGACGGCGAGGCACUCGUCCCUCUACCCUCUCGAACCAUUAAAAUAGCUGAAGUGGAACUUUCAAGCCAAGAACGCGAAAUUUAUGACUUGAUAUUCACUCGGGCUAAGCGAACAUUCAAUGACAAUGUGGCGGCAGGCACACUUUUAAAAUCGUAUACGACCAUUUUUGCGCAAAUUCUUCGUCUGCGCCAAACGUGUUGCCAUCCCGUGCUUACGCGAAAUCAAAACAUAGUUGCAGAAGAAGAGGAUGCAGCUAUCGCUGCCGAUGAUGCUAACGUUUUCAAGGAUGAUAUGGACCUUCAGGACCUCAUUGACCGAUUCACGAUGGCUACCUCUAGCGAGAAUCCUGACGGUCAGCAUGACCCUACUAGCAAGUUCACUACGCAUGCUCUACGACAGAUUCAGACCGAGACAAGUGGGGAAUGUCCUAUAUGCACGGAUGAACCGAUGGUUGACCCUGCAGUCACCUCCUGCUGGCACAGUGCUUGCAAAAAAUGUCUAGUAGACUACGUAGAGCACCAAAGAGACAAAGGUCAAAUGCCUCGUUGCUUCUCUUGUCGUGAGACCAUUACGAUUCGAGAUAUUUUUGAAGUUAUCCGCCACAGAUCACCCAACCAGACUCCUGGUGAAGGAGACUUUCUUCGUGCUGGGGGAGUCGGGUUGAAUCUUACCGCUGCCAAUCAGGUGUUCAUGAUGGACCCGUGGUGGAGCUUUGCAACUGAAGCUCAGGCGAUCGAUAGGGUUCAUCGCAUGGGUCAACUGAAAGAUGUAACUGUGACCAGAUUUAUUGUGAAGGAUAGUAUUGAGGGUCGUAUUUUAAGGAUUCAAGAACGGAAAAUGAUGAUUGCGGGAUCAUUGGGAUUGAGGGUUGGAGGUGAUGGGGGCGAGGAAGAGCGGAGGAAGGAAAGGAUUGAGGAGUUGAAGCUAUUAUUUGAGGAUGCUGUGCGAAGAUAUAUUGCAGCGGAUCACCAGUUGGCCUUCAGCAAUUGUAACAUUGGAACCCCACUUGACAAACAAAUUCAUUCCCAGAAAUACAUAUUUCUGGAGUGCAUUGAACUGGGCCUGAGAAGACUGUUGGCGGAUGUUUCUGGGAGUCCAUCCGCGGUUGCUCCUCAGCUGAGAGAAGUGGAAUUUUUGGUUGAUAUAAAGCAGCUGGGGAUGGAAGAACGCAAGAAGUUCUUUGAGUUGGAUGAAUUCUGUGCAAAAGCCCAAGCACCAUAG